CCUCUUCAUAAAAAUAUACGGAGUAGCUUUAAGCGCAUUGUCUUGCUGCUCCGCCCCAAUCAUGAAGAAGAAACAAAGGUCUACCGCCGUCGAAGCGGCGUCAGUCUCCCCAACCGGUGCUGACCUAAAAGCCCUCAUCCGGUCCAAUAGCAUCUUCUUCGACAAUCUCGUAAAUCUGAUCCCACCCAAAUACUACCUCCCAAGCGAGGAGGACUCCAAGCCAUGGUACCCAGGCUUGUCCAAAGCGAAAAAGGCAUCUCUUAAACGGCAGUCUAGGGAGAACAUCAAACUCGCCCGUCGCAACCGACUCGACCCGGAACAGAAGAGUGCGCAAUCUUCAACUCUCGACCUCCUCAAAGAAUCCAUCGACAAGCAGAAGAAUGCGGACGAUUCGGACAACGAAAAACCUGUCAAUUUGGGCGAAGAUGAUAAAAAGGAGAAUACGGAUGACCGUUCUGUCACAUAUGAAGAGUUGCGGCUGAGGCUCCGAAGGAAAAUCGAGGCCCUUCGAGGUAAUAGAGGUACAGGUGAGAGAUCUAAGAGGAAAAUGGAUGUCGAGGAUGGAAGUUUUGUGAAGUCAGAAGGGAAGAAGCGAAAAAGGGACGGUGACAAAGAAGACAAUACUGAAAAGACUGGCAGCGGUGUAGCUGAUUCCGGAGCCGUUCUGAGUGAAAUUGAAUACGGGAAAGUAAAGAUUGGGGACGAUGAGAAGCAGGGAAAGAGGAAGAAGAAGAAAAAGAUACCGAAAGAGAAAGAGCUGGAGAGGUUGAAGAAAUUGGAAGAGGUUAAGAAGGAGAACCCAAAGGUGGCAGAGAAAGAGUCAUGGAAAGCUGCAGCGGAAAGGGCAAUGGGGAUGAAGGUUCACAAUGAUCCAAAGCUUUUGAAGGAGAGCAUGAAGAAGGAGAAGAAGAGAAAAGAGAAGAGCACUGAAAAAUGGAAGGAAAGGGUAGAAAGUAGAGAGAAGUUGAAGGAAGAGAGACAACAUAAGAGAAAGGAGAACAUUUCAGGGAGAAUCCAGGAUAAGAAGUCUAGGAAAAUAGCUAAAAGAGAGAAGAAGCUCAUGAGGCCUGGAUUUGAGGGGCGAAAGGAGGGAUUUAUCACUGAGAGUUGAAGUUAAUGUGCCUAUCUAGCAUGUAUUGUGGUAUAAUAGCUUCAUGCUUUAUCUUCGUUAUGAACUCUGCUUGUGCUAUUAUGCAAUUUAGUUUUAAAAAUUUUGAUGAGGAAAAAGUACGAAAAUUGGUGCAAAAGGCUCUAAUGUUUUCUCUUGGCUCUCAAUAUUUUUUCAAGAUUUUUAUGUUUUCUUCUCAGAAAAGACAUUUUAUUUUAUUGUAGCAUUUCCCCUUUAAGAAUAUGGGCUUUCUUUUCAGGAAGAGGCAUUUGGUGUCUGGUUUGUCCUGGUAACAUUGAGAAAAUGAUGAGUGAUACUUGCUUCUUGUUUAUUUUGGACAUGAACUUUGUGUGGGGGUAAUUAUCGUUUUUGCAUUUCAGUUUUAAAUCAUGAUAAAAUUAUAAUGCCCGUAAGGUGCUAAAAUUGUUGCUCUAGGUACACUCACUUCUUAGUUCUUUGAGUUCAAGGUUUGAAUGUUUUUAAUUAGUUUGUGUAUGGUAUACCGUGUAGUCAGAUAUUUGAGUAUGGUGUUUUCUUUCUUUUGGUGUGUUCCAUUUGGUUUUGGUUUGUCCAGCAAAAAGCAGGGUGAUGAGGUAAUUUCAUUGUAGUAUUUCUUCGUUUUACUUAUUUAAGAGCUGUCUAAUGGCAUGUUACUUUAUGUGCUUUCUUAACAUUUUUUCUGGAGCCAUUAAGCAUGUAAUUGAUUUGUCUGUGAGCAGUGUUUUUAUGGAUUGAACUAUUGAAGGGUAAAAGGAGGACAUGAGUACUCAUGAGUCAUGGUGGAGGUUAAUGUGUGAGCUUUGUGGUCUUUAUUGAAUAGCUUCAUGUUUAUUUAGGUUGGAUAUGAGCUGUGCCUUAUGUUGAAUAUUAUGCCUUUGUUUUCAUUUUUUUGAGUUUCUAGACUUGAAUGUGGUCCCAUAGACGGACCUACAUUAGGUCUAUGGUGUGCUGAAGGUAUGGAAACAUUAUUUGUUCUGAAAACUUUAAACGUAAACUUUCUUUUUUCCCAUUUAGAGCACCCUCUAUUUCUUUGUGCUAUAGUAUAACCACUCUUCAGACAACAUGAAUUCAGAAA